CUCCAGCUUCGCGCGGCAGAUAAUUCCGGAGCCUUCGGGUCUACGCGUUGCUCAGUGAGGGGUCCUGCACGAAGGAUGUGCGCUACAGCUCUGCCUUCACAGUUCUCUGAACUUUUCCAGGAGCAGGAGAAAAUGAACACAGCCCAGGGAUCGGUGUUGUUCGAGGAUGUAUCAGUGGACUUCACCCAGAAGGAGUGGCAGUUGCUGGACCGUGCUCAGAGGCUCCUGUACAGGGAUGUGAUGCUGGAGAACUACGGGCACCUGGUGUCCCUGGGUCACUGUGUUUCCAAACCUGAGCUGAUACUCAAGUUGGAACAAGAAGAAGAACCGUGGAUAUUAAAGGGACAACUCCCAAGUGAGAGCCACCCAGUCCAAAGAACCAAUAACAUGGAAGAGAUAAGCCAAGAAAAUGAAGACAAGUAUUUGAGGCAAGGUUUAUUCAUCAACAACAAAACAUUGACUGAGGAUAGAAAUAAGACCUUCAGAGAAACACUUAACAUGACCACAAAUCCAGUGCCCUCAAAAAAAAUAUCCCAUCAAUGUGACCCAUUUGUAACAAACUUGAAAAGUGUUUUUGAAUUAGUUAUUAGUAAUAGAAGCAGUGUGAGAAAAAUAUCUAAUGAUUUCAAUGGAUGUGGAUUCCUUACUACUGCGAAUGAGAAAACCCAUACAGGGAACAAGCCCAGUGAAAAUGAUCAAAAGAGGAAAUCCCACAGACAAAUUGAGGACUUUAUUCAGUGUCAGAAGAAUUCAGCUUUGGAGCAAUGUCUUGAAUAUAAUCAUUGUGAGAAAGCUUUUCACAGAAAAACAGCCUUUGUUGCAUGUAAGAGAGCUCAUACAAGAGAGAAACUCUCUGAAGGUAACAAAUAUGGACAAGCCUUCCUCCAAAAGUUAAAGCUUGGUGCUUGUCCAAGAACUCUUAAGGAAAGGAAACCACACGAAUCCAGUAAAAAUAGGAAAUCCUCAUGCUUGAAGUCAAAACGUGCACAUCAGAGAGCUCACUGUGAAUGUAACAAAUUGGGGAAAUCUUUUAGCGAGAAGUCGAACCUUACUCAACAUCAGAGAAUGCACACAGGAGGAAAACCUGAUGAGUAUAACAGAAGUGAGGAAGCCUUGCAGAAGUCAUCCCACACUCAAAAUGAACGAACUGAUACAGAAGAGAAAAUCUAUGACUGUAACCAGUGUGGGAAAUCCUUCCACAAAAAGCCACACCUGACUCAACAUCUGAGAACUCACACAACGGAAAAACCCAGUAAGUGUAAUGAUAGUGAGAAAGCUGUGAAACAGGAGUCCUGCCUCGCUCUAAAGCAGAGAAUUAACACAGCAAGAAAAGCUUUAAAGGUAGUAAGUGUGAGAAAUCCUCCCACAAGACGUUGAAACUCAGUCAACAUCAGAGAAUGUGCUUGGGGGAACCAAAUAAUGAGUGUAGUGAAAGUGGGAGGGUCUUAAAUAAGAAAUCACAUCUCACUCAAAAUCAGAGGGCUCACAAAGGGAAGAAAACCUAUGACUGUAAUAAAUGUGGG